UUCCUUUGGGGGGAAAAGGUGGUCAGCUAUUUUUUAGCUGUCAUCUUUGUGUUUUUAGCCGUUAGCCAUUACUGCUAAGUAACUACACAGGUCACUUAUUUCACGAAAGUCUGUGCACGAAUUGCCCGAACUUCCCGCUGUGAGCAAGAACAGUUAGACGUCAUUUGAAAAGUUACUAUGGAAGAAGUACAACAGGGCAGCACUGAAUCACGGCCAGCAACCAUUUCCAUGUCCUUCACACCCUCUCAGUUCUCACAGAUAGCCCAGCAGAUGUCAUCGGGUGGUUCUUCUGUGGCUGUUGUGCAGCUGCCCGGGGGUCAGUUCCAGGUUCAAGGGGUGAUCCAGUCAGCACAGCCAUCAGUCAUUCAGUCCCUUCAGGUGCAGCCUGCACAGCCCCAGGGCACUGAUAGUGAAGAUUCACAGGACUCAUCUGAUAGUGGAUCAACAGCCCAAAAGACAAGAGAAAUACUGGCAAGACGGCCUUCAUACAGAAAAAUCUUAAAUGACCUUUCAUCAGAGGAAACAUCACACAUCGAAGGGAAGGAUGGCAGCCCUUCAUCCACAGGAAUGACAGGUGUUACAGUACCAACCACCCCAAUCUACCAAACCAGCAGCGGCCAGUACAUUACCAUUGCUCCUAAUGGCACAAUCCAGCUGGCAACGCCAGGGUCGGAAGGCAUUCAGGGACUCCAGGCUGUCACUAUGGCUAACUCUAGUGGAGCACAGCAAGGCCACACCAUCCUUCAGUAUGCCCAGACACCUGAUGGCCAGCAGAUACUAGUGCCUAGCAAUCAGGUCGUCGUACAAGGUGCAGGAGGAGAAGUGCAAACAUACCAGAUUCGCACAGCACCCACAAAUGCCUCCAUUCCUCAGACUGUAGUUAUGACCUCUCCUGUUGGACUGUCCCAGACCAAGAGUGAUGAUCCAACAAUGAAGAGAGAAAUCAGGCUUGCAAAAAACAGAGAGGCAGCCCGUGAAUGUCGACGGAAGAAAAAGGAAUACGUAAAAUGUCUGGAAAACCGCGUCGCUGUCCUUGAGAACCAAAACAAGACUCUGAUUGAAGAACUUAAAACGUUAAAGGAUCUUUACUGCGUCAAAACGGGAUAACCUUCAUGUGUGCAGACCAAGGAUUGAGACGGCGUCAGAGUGGCACACUUCAGUCAUUUGGACAAGUCUGGGUUUCUGGGAACACUUCAUUUCAGGCUGAGAGUCUCCAGUUUGUUGUUGUUUUUUGUUUUUUUUGUUUUUUACUCUGAUAUAAAAGUGACUCAUGACUGUGAGACUUACUGGACAAAUUGGCCAUCUUUUU